AUGUUGGAAAUAAAGCAAAUGGGUUCCAUGGUGUCCAUGGAAGCUUUGGCUACGGGUCUCAAAACAAAAACGCAGUGGUGUCACAGACAAUGCUCGAGAAUUACCGGCUCACUGAGGAAAGUGACUGAUUUUGUAUGCCCCGCCUGCAUCAACCCGCGACAACGGAGUCCAUAUAAUGAUACGAUUACCGGGAUCGAAACUGUUACUUCACUUCAGUAUUUGGAAGAAAUGAAACGUACGUCUGGCCUAUGGCGGGUUACUGACGAGUUUCGUGAGAGACGAAACGUAAAUCUGGCCUAUGGCGGGCUACUGACGAAUCCCGUGAGAGACGAAACGUACGUCUGGCCUAUGGCGGAAUUUAAACGAGUAUUUAAAUCAUUUGACCGGAGUAAAAGUGGUGAUAUCACUCCAUCCGAUAUUCAAAAAGUCAUGAAAGAUUUAGGUAACAUGAUAAGCGAUGAAGAAGCUCAACACAUUCUCAGACAUAUUGACAACAGCGUCAAAAAGUAUUUUUUUGCCAUUUAUAUCUUAUCGAGUCUCGGAAUUGGUUCAUACAAGAAGAUGUUUACAUUUUUAAUACUCUGCUGA